AUGUCAGAAGAUGCAGCAAGAGCUAAAAAAUUAGAAGAAGUUAGAAAGCGUGUAGAGGAAUUAAAAAAGAAGAAAACGAAGAAAAGUAAAAAGAAGGUUAAAGCUACCAAGGAGAAAGAAUCUGAAACUCCAAUUGCUGAUGCUUCAUCUGCUGCUGAAAACAGUGUAAUUGCAGAAGAAUCUACAGGUAAGCCUGAAAAUGAAGAAUCUGAAAAUGAUUCUAAGGAUCAGUCCAAAGUUGAGGAAGAAAAAAUUGAAUCCAAAGAGGAUAAACCAGAGGACAUGAUAAGGGAAGAUCUGAAUAAGGAUCUAAAUGAAUAUACUAAUGAAUCAACGACUGAUCAAAUAUCUAAGAUAGACUCUAGCAAAUUAGACAAAUUAGAAGAUGAUACUAUUAAAGAGGAAAAAUUAAGAGCUCAGAAGAUAUUAAGAUAUUUAAGGAUGAUACUAUUAAAGAGGAAAAAUUAA